GCUGAUGUUGAAGAAAUGUCAUUAAGUGUCAUCAUGGACUGAAAGAGGAAACUGAAGUCAUUUCAGAGGAAACUCCCACUGAGCUCUCCAGUGUGUUCGUGAGGAGUGUGCUGACAAGAAGGAAGAGAAGGCGACAGAGAUGAACGAAAAAGGAGCCAAGUCUUCAUCAAGUAAGUCUUUUCUUGUGUAAAAACAGCAGUUUCCAGAGAGGGAGCUCCCAGCCCCAUCUUACCCAAGUAAUGAUGCCACUCCUGUGGGUUGCACUUUGGUCAGUUCUCCCUCUUGUGGUUGCCCUCUCCGGUCAAGACAGUUGUCACAUCCAUGAGAGCAGCAACUUGCAACACGAAUCUCCGUUGCUGAAAUCCUUACGCUGCUAUAACGACUACAAGACGCACGUUGACUGUGAGUGGAAUGAACACAGGAGGAGAGAACUGCAGCUCUGGCUCAAGACAGGAAAAGAAAAUGUGCAGUGUGAGCCGUACGAGGCUGCAGGACCAAGAGAUGCAAGUGAGCACAGGAUGGUCCAGUGCAGAUUCAAAACUCAAAACAUCAGAACUCUUUAUUUUGCCAUCGGCAUCGAACACACCGUCUUCUUCCUGGACAAAAAGGCCCCCUGCUCAUCAGUCCCGCGCAGGACUCUGGAUCUUUCACAGCACUUGAGAGCACGCACACCAGAGAGUCUGUCCACACAUGAUGAAGGUGAUGGAGGCCGGCGGCUGAGCUGGUCCAGCCCUUACCCCUCCUCCUCCUCCCUGAAUAAACACAUCACAUACCAGCUCAGCUACACGACAGAAACACAGGAUAACUGGACGACAUUGGAUGUCACAAACACCAGCAUCAUAUUACAGAGGCAGAUGCUGAUCACUGGUCACAGGUACAAAGCCAGGGUAAGGGCCCGGGCCAACAUGGGUCAGUGGAGUAACUGGAGUCCUGUUGUGAGCUGGAAUACUGAAAACGAUGCAGGGCACUUCCCCAGUUUGCAUUGUGUCCUGGAUGGAGAGAAGGAGGUGAUGUGUAGCUGGGAAUUGAGCAGAGAGGUGGCUCAAACAGUUUCCUACCAGCUGGCCUGUCGAGAAAACCGGACUUCACAGUCUGCAAUAUGUUGUGUAAACCCAACAGUGACCUCUGACCACAAUGAGAUGUCGCUGAAGUUCAGCUGCAGGCUGACUGUCGCAGACCCUGAGCAUCUGCUGCUGGAGCUUCAACCGACACGCAAUGCCAGGAUUUUUAAACCCAACGAGAACAUUCGCCCCAACCCUCCACAGCUGGUAAAGGUGAGGGAGGUAGGCAGCAACUGGAGGGUGGAAUGGACUGCUCCAAGCAUAGCCGCCAAAGUAACACUGAAAUAUCAGGUCUGCUAUUACAGGAUAGAGGAAAAGGGAUGUUCAGACACUGUAAACGUUUCAGGGGUCUCCACGUCCCUUUCCAUCCUGGAGUCAUCUCUGGUCUCAUCCCAGCACUACAGGGUCAAGGUCAGGUCCCUGAUUGACCCUGAAAAAGAAUCUAUGUACGGGGGAAUCCCGUCUGAAUGGACCCAUCCCGUGGACUGGACCUCUCAUAAAGCCAGCUUGUCCAUAGACAGCCUGAUCUAUUGUUCCAUUGGUCUGCUUGUAGCCAUGGUGUUCCUCGCACUCUACUGCACCAUCCCAACUUGUCACAGGAGGGUCAUUCUGUGGGUGGAUUCAGUUCCAUCUCCAGGCAAAAGUAAAAUCCUGUCAGAGAUCAAGUCUUCCACCAGCUGGACCCUCAUGCAGAGUGAGAAUACAUCCUUUUGCAAAGUGCAACAUUCGGAGAGCAUGUCUACAUGCUCCUCUAUUGCGUCUCUCUGGCCGACCAAGGACACUGAAGGGAAGAUUUUGGAACAGGAUGAGGGCUGCUGGACCCACAAAAACCUGAUCAUCUCUGCUGAGAAGGUUAAAGGCUCUGACACGUCCUCACUGAGCUUCAGUGGGCCUUACAUCUUCUGUCAGUCAAACGAGCCAAACAAGACUUCAGAGGAUGUAAAGAAGUGUGAAGAGAAACAAGAAGCAAAAGAAACCUCUUCAGGCGACUCUGUAUCUCCUACCCCUUUGAAUUUCACCCUUUUUGGGGAGGGUUAUGUAGGUCUGUCUGGCCGAAACAUCUCCUGCUCAACACAGGAUCUUGUAUCGCACAGUGACGCGGUCCCAAACAGAUACAGGCUUGACAGUGCUGCACAGGACCAACAGUGUCCAGACACCUCACCAUGGCCGGACCAGACAGACGACCAGCCGACCCUCAGCAAGCCCACCAGCAGCUUCCAACCAACAGCUUACACCUCAGUGACUUUUACCUCUUGGCCUCAGGGCGGCGCCAUACAAGCCUCUGGGUACUGCCACAUCCCUACAUCCCAAGAGCUCACAUAAGAACAGCAGAGUAACCUGGAGUGUUGAAUAGACUUAUUAGAUAUUCUCAGAAGAUGCAACAUUUGAUCAAUCAGUAAUAUUUUGUAUAACCUUUUCACCUGUUUAAGCAAUUUACAUUUUCUUAUUUCAGUGGGCUGUUCAACAGAAGAGAAGAUUUUUAAAGAACCAUUUGACCUGAGUUAAUAUUUAUCUGAACUAAAGAGAGCUUAAAUGCCUGCCUACUCUCUGAGAAAUGUGCAAAAAUCAGUGACAGUUAUAAAAUACAAAACUAUUUUAAUCAAUAGAUUCUUAAUAACUGUUAUAAAUAAAUAAAAAAAAAAUAUAUAUAUAUAUACUGUAUAUUUAAAUGUUUCCCCUUCUCAAGUCUAGUGUCUCUCUCGGCAGAGGCAAGGAGUAGCAUUAUGUAAAAUGUAUUUUUAUUAAGGAAGUCUGUUACUGGGCUAACUGCCAUGUUUGCAGUGGUCAUGUAUGCGUGUUUGCACUCAGGUGUGUGAGUUAGGAGCUUGUUGUCAAUGUUAUAGUGUAUGUAUUGCUGAAUGUAUAAAUAUAAUAUCGCCGUGUGGAA